AAACUUCAAUCGGAAUUCAGACCUUUUUUACAAAUUAUGCCUCAUUAUAGAAUUACAAAACAGCCAGACAUCCUGUGUCUGACUGUAGGUGUUCGAUAGAAAUUCAUUUCCGAAUACAAAUUUAGUUACAUACAUCCGGUAAAGAACCCAUGCGAAAUUUUGUCUUUGUACGUACGCGAAUCUAAACAUUGCCCAAGGAUGCCCCUUCAUGAUCGCGCCAAGGCGCGACUGGAACACGAGAUAACCAUCUUACGCCGCGAGGUGGCCAGGCUGCGCGCCAAACAGGACCAGCGACGACGUGACAAGCUGGAGAAGGAUGUGGCGCAGGCGCGUCUGGAGCAGGAGGUGCAGGUACUGCACCAGGAACUGGCUGCCGUGCGAUGUGAUCGGGACGAAUUGAGCCGCAAGCAUGCGGCCUAUAUGCGCAAAUGUGGUGGCGAAGACGAGCAGUCACGAGCUGUUAAUGCCCAGCUCGUGAAGCUCGACCGACACGUAACCAAGCAGGACAAAUACAUUGCUUUCCUGGAGGAGCAGAUCAACCAUACCCGCAACAAGUACCAUCAGCGAAUGACGGACGUCAAGCAGGGCACCGAGCUGGUGGAGAACGAACUAAAGAAGGUCCGAAACGAAAUGCGAACCGUAGCCCAACGUGCUGGCGAGGUGGACAAGAUGAAGAAGAAAAUCUCCUCCCUCGAGGGCAAGUUGCAGCGCCGGAACUCUUUAAUCGCCAAGUAUGAAAUCAAGCACGCCGAACUCAUGGUCCUUGUUCAGGGCAUCCAUACGGAGGAAACUAAAAAGGAAGAAACCCCCAUAGAGGUUCUUGCUGCCUCCAGACUCUCCGGUGGCAGUCCUGAUGGCCGUUCUAAUGCCGGCUACCUCAUGUGCACCUACACCAGCGAUAUGGAUCUGCUCGAUCAGCAAAGUGAAGAAUAUGUCCCCAAUCCAGUCGAAGAGCAACCAAGUAAUUUUAGCUACCUGGCCACGGCGCUGAAAAGGCGCCUCGGUUACCCGUAUUCCACUCAACCCGAUCCUUCGGUCUUCAUCGCGGCGGAGAUGGGUAAUCCGGGCGUACAGGUCAUCUGAUCAUUUUACAAAAGUUUUUAUUCGACUAGCGUAGUCGACGAUUCAACCGCUGUCUUGAACUCUAAAUUACUUUUGUAUUUGGAUAAUUUAAUAAAAAAAAGUGGUUUAAAGUAA